AUGUCCCGGCAUCAUUUUCUUUUUGCGGUGCUGCUGCUCCUCUGCAUGUUGUUGGUGCACUGCGGCAGUCAGGUUGUAUACGCUGAAGUCGAAGGCAGAGGCGAAAAUGAACAAAAGUGGGAGCCGGGUUAUCUGCUACCCAAAAAGCAGUCGUUUGUGAAUGUAACCAUUGAGUUGAGUGCUAAAGAUGGCUUCGAUGCUGCAAAAAGUUCUUUCCGUGCCCCUGGAGUUGCUCUUGUGAAUGGUGAGGCUUUCGUCUUUGCCGAGGCGCACUCGAAAGACUCCGUUGGUGUUGCUGCUGGCAUUGCUGCAGGGAGCAUCUCGUCUGAUGCAGCGUCAGCCUCACAGGGCGGAAGAGUGGUUGAUACAGAGCUGUCGGCGUACUUUCCGAAGGAAAAUGAGUCGGGUGGAAGUGUCCCGCAUGUUACGAUGCCAACAACCAUUACGAAUGGGAGCACGGUUUACGUUCUGCUCGGAAAGUACGGCACUCCGGGCUCUGCUGGCAACAAUAAUACACGCUACACAGACCUUCUGCUGGCAAAGGCGGUGUUCGGCGACGGUGAAACGAGCAGCGUGCAGCCAAAGAAAAUCAACUGGACUGGCACCUACGCACUGUGGCCCUAUUUCCCCACCCAGAUUUACUACAGGGGCAUAACAGAACUGGUGGGUGGGGGGAGGCACUGGUGUUAUUUUGGACGACGGGGCGCUUAUCUUUCCCGUCGAGGCCAGAAAGGCAGGAGGGACGGUGGUCUCUCUCGUCCUGCAGUCAAAAAAACCUGA